UGAGCCACUGACCGAGCUGCCGCUUCCUGGGAACGGCGGAGAUCGCCGUAGAAACGGCCCGGCGGGAACCCUCGUGGGCUCGCUCUGGGAGAUCACUGUGAUGCAUGAGCACGUCUGCACAUUUAUUAAAACAAUGUACUAACUUCAGAUCAGUCACCUCUGAGGAGGAAAAGAGACAAACUAAAAAUUGUGGCAAAUGGUGCAUGCUCAGAAGUCUGACUCAAGUUUAGAUAUCAGAAACAAAGAAGAAUCAUCAUCAAACUAACUCCACAAACAAAAUCAGGAAUCAUGCAUAAUAUAAUAAGAAAAGAUUGAAAAAAGAAAUCUUUUGUCCCAGAAGUUUAUGAAGAACAUGACUAUUUUUACUGUGGAACUGUGCUUUAAAUAGACUUUCUGGAUCAUCUUAAUGAAUGCAUGCAUAUAUUACAACAGAGAUGGAUAAAAAUGGAACUUUGGGUCUUCAACAAAUACUUAAUGAAAAAACAUCCAAGGACUGUUGCACCUGUUUUGCAUCGAAUUUUGUAGAAGGCUAUAGACAUCCUUAUUAAGCUGAAUCUCAGUUCACCUAUAACAGACUUUAAAGUGAGUAAAAAGGGAGCCUGUGUGGAUACUUGUAUUGAACAUGACUCAUGGAGAAGAGCUUGUCUCUGAGAUGCACCAAGAUUCCAUUGUUCUAACUUACCUAGAGGGAUUACUAAUGCAUCAAGCAGCAGGAGGUUCGGGUUCUGUGGUUGACAAAAAACCUGUUGAGCCUGGUACAGAAGAUCAAAACUUCAAGGUUUCUGGAAAUACAUCUCCCAGCUGUCGGAGAGAUGGUCCAGUUCCUAACACACUUACGUAUCGAAGUUCUGGCAUGCUACAUCACAAAAAGGCAAGAUUGUUACAGUCUUCUGAAGACUGGAAUGCUGCAAAGAGAAGACGGUUGUCUGAUUCUAUUGUGGAUUUAAAUGGGAAAAAAGAAGCUUUGUUAGCUGGCAUGGUUGAAAAUGUGCCUAAAGGCAAACAGGAUAGCACAUUACUGGCCUCUUUGCUUCAGUCAUUCAGCUCUAGGCUGCAGAGUGUUGCUUUGUCACAACAGAUUAGGCAGAGCCUCAAGGAGCAAGGUUAUUCCCUCAGCCAUGAUUCUCUACAAGUUGAAAAAGACUUAAGGUGCUAUGGUGCUGCAUCCAGUCACUUGAAGACUCUAUUGAAGAAGAACAAAGCAAAAGAUGAAAAGCUGGAGCCCAGUCUCCCUGAGAUAACAACAAACCUGGUUAAAGAUCGGUUUAUAGAGUCUUCACACACAGGACAGAGUGGUCCAAAGGUGAUGAGUGAGUCACUAUCUUGUGCUGCAAGAUUACAAGCUGUUGCAAGCAUGGUGGAAAAAAGGUCUAGUCCUGCUACAUCUCCUAAACCUAGUGUGGCUUGCAGUCAGCUAGCUUUGCUUCUUUCAAGCGAAGCACAUUUGCAGCAGUACUCAAGGGAACAUGCUCUAAAAGCACAAAAUGCAAAUCAAAUUGCAAGUGAGAGGCUUGCUGCUAUGGCAAGAUUAAAAGAAAGUAUUCCAAAAGAUGUUGGCCAUUUCAAACUAUCGAAAGGAAUGGAAAGCCAUCUGAAUGGUCAUGUAAGAUCUUCAAACAAGUCAAUAACCAAUAAAAGCAAUAUGACACAUUUUCAGAGUCCUAUGGGCAUAAUUCAUUCAUCUCCCAAAAGCAUAGGCUACAAGGCAACAGUGGAAAAAAACAAUUUGAAGCCACCUACCAACAGUAGUUUACUUCUGCACCUCCUUAAAAAUCACAAUGCUACUAAGCAGAUAAAGGGGUAUGAACAGAAUGAGAGAGCCAGUAUUUUUGAGGAGAGUAGUACACCAACUACUAUUGAUGAGUACUCUGACAACAAUCCAAGUUUUACAGAAGAUGACAGCAGUGAUGAUGAAAGUUCCCAUUCUAAUUGUCUUCCUAUAGAUUUAUCUUUCAAACAGAAAACAAAUACACCAGAUUCUGAGCAGACAGCUUCUCUAGAUAAUUUAACCCAAUCCUUGCUUCAUAACUGGGAAUCCAAAGUUCCAUGUCUAGAAAAUAUAGAAGAAAAAGAUUCCUCUAAAAGUGCAAAACUGAAUCCACAUCAGAAAGUAACUUUGCUUCAGUUAUUACUUGGCCAUAAAAAUGAAGACAAUAUAGAGAAAAUUUCAGAAACUGAGGGAACAUUAGUUACACCUGAUGUGUCAAAAUUUAAUUUACCCACUGGUAACAGAACUCCUGUGACAGACUGCCCUAGUACAAAUCGAAUGACUCCAAUAAACACUCCCCCUUUGCUAGCAUCUUCAAAACCUGAUUCACCCAUCAACCUUUCACAUCAUUCUCCUUUAUUGAUCAAACAUAAUUCACCACCAUAUUCUUGCAUCAUACAACCUGAGAGACUAAUUAAUCCAGCUUCUAAACAUUUGAUAGAUCUUACAGUACACAAAGAACUUCAAGGAAAUAAGCAGAACAGGAAAGAAACUGUACAAACAUCUUCAUCUUUUAGUGCAAGUAAAUUAUUGCAGAAUUUAGCUCAAUGUGGGAUGCAGUCUUCCAUGUCAUUGGAUGAGCAAAGGCAAACAGGCAAACAGAUGAUGACUCUAAAUACAGAGAAACCAUUAGGAUUGAUAGAUGGGCUAAAUAGCUCCCUGCUUACUAGCACAUCAGGUACACUUGAAGAAAACAAAAUACUCAGUAAUCAGAUUCUUCCAGCAGAACAAAAAUUUCCCAGUUCAGAAAUCCAGAAUCUGCUUGAAAGACGCACUGUCCUCCAACUGCUUCUGGGAACCUCCAAUAAAGGCGUGAGUGAAACAAAAGAGAGAAUGCUUUCAAAAGAAGAGAAUUUACAAGAUCCAACAGAAAAGGCUUUGAAUGAGCAAAUAUUAACUGUAAAAAUAAAAGCUGAACCUUCUGAGGAUUCAAAUACCCUUCAGAAUCCAAAUGCACAACAAAUAAGGGAAAGUGUUAGUAAGAAAUUUCAUGGACUAGCUCAUUCAUUAGAGAGAAACACAGCUACAUCUCCAGCAUUAGAGGAUUUUAAACCCAACCCUCUUUCACCUCAAGACUUUUCUUUUUCAAAGAAUGGCCUGCUAAGUCGAUUGCUGAGACAGAAUCAAGAUAGCUACUCUGCAGAUGAUCUGGACAGGAGCCACAGAAAUAAUGAACGGACAUUUCUGGAAUCAAAAAGUCAGAGCAUGGUCCCAAAGAAGAGGAAGCUGCAUUCUGAGCCUUCAGAAGGUCCUUUAAAAAUACUAAAAGCUAACAAAGGUAAUAUCUCUGAUGUUGCAAACCAUCAUAAGUCUUCUGUGGAUGCCUUAUAUGGAACUGGACCUACCCAGAAAGAACUGAAAUUUAGCAGAACUGAUCUUGAUUUAAAAUAUUCUUCAGGCCAUGGUUCAAAUAAUGAAAGUGAAAAUAGGAGUUGGGCUAGAGAAAGCAAAGGAUUUAAUGUAUUGAAACAAUUGCUUCUGUCAGAAAAUUGUGAAAAAGACAUGUCUCCACAUAGGAAUAAUUUAACAGUAACUGAUGGCAAAAAUAAAGGAAACAAAAGUAAUCUAACAAACAAUAACAAAGCUGAAUUCAGUGUCGCUUCAGUACAUUCGGUAGUGGCGAAUCCUGGGCAACAAAGCAGUUGUUUGGAUCACCGAACAUUUCAGUAUUCAGUUGCAAUGAAGAGCCCUGGCAGUUCUCCCUUUGCUGAACAUUUGGGAGGCACUGUGUCAUCGAAACCCGAAUGUGACCGGUUUAGUGUUUGCCAUGUACCUAAUGAAAGAGGACCUAUGAAGUGGGUCAUCACAGAUACAGACAAAAAUGAACAUGAGAGAGAUUCCCCAAGACUGACCAAAACAAAUCCAAUACUAUAUUACAUGUUACAAAAGGGGGGGAGUUCUGUUAAUAUUCAGGAAGCACAUGACAAAGAUGUUUGGAGUGAUGCAUUUACAGAAAAUUCAUCAGCUGUCACAUUCAAGAAAGAGUUGUCACCUGUUGCAGAAUGUAAAAUACCAUUUCAUAAUAUAAGAAAUACAUACAAUAGCCAUUCAAGUAAUAAGGUGUCCCUUCAACACAAUGUGAAUGGAGAAGUAUAUGGACUCUUAGAAAAAGUGUUAACAAUAAAAAAAGAACCAGAGUAAAUUAUAAUCAUAUAAAGUGUUUACAGUCAGGUUUAAAUUCUCGUUUCAAAAAUAGUGUUGUAUAAAUCUAGCAUGAUUUGAGAAAAGCAUGGUAUAACUAAAACAUGGUUUUGUUUGUUGAACGUUUUACUGAUAUUUAAAAUACAUCUAGCUUUUCUUUAUUUUUUAUUUUUGCAUUACAGGAAUUUUUUCACAAGGUAUCUAUCUUCAUGAGUUGUUAAUUAUAUAAAUCUCCAUGAGAAAUCUGUGACUGGAGAUAAAGGCCUCUGCUUUUCCUGGCGCAGUUGCUUCUGCCAACUACAGGAAUCACACACUGGUCUGAGUAUGGGUGAGAAUUCUAUCCCAGGUGAUUCAGCUUCCUGAUAUGUUUCCAUAUCAUGCAGGUGAUGAACCACAGACCUCCUUAAGAGCUUGUAAUCAUGGGGUUGUAUCCUAUGCUAGAGUAGACCCAUUGAAAUGAAUGGGACUAGACUAAUGUUUGAUACAAACCAUGACAAAACUGAACCACAUGGGUGGAAUUCUUUGCAUAUACCUGGGCUACUGUAGGAACAAACGCAGAAGCAGCAGCAGCAGCAGCAACUAUGGUGGGAAAUGUAAAAGAGGAUCUUGUUUGAACUACUGGUAUUAGCAUGUCAUGCAAUGUAACAUACAGCCUAUGCUGGUGGCAAAGUAUUUUGCACCAUUUUGUCUUGCUACAUGAUAUAUUUUCCUUUCUGAAAUUCUAAGUCUUGGGACAGUAUGAUUUUGUGUUUUUUCAUACAUUUAUGAAAUGUGAAGAUUUUUUUAUAUAUAUAAAUGGAACGCUCAGACCAAGGCAUUUGUUUAUUGUACUUUUAAUUCUCAUCAGUAUUAAUUAGGGAAAUGUACCGAAAUGAAACUUUUAGUGCUUCCAAAUGGCUUUUUAUUGUGUUUUGAUAUCUGGGAGAACCAUAACUAAUAUAUAAUGUACUUUCUGUAGUUGCAUUUGGAAAAUGCCUUCCCAAGACACUCGGCUGGAAUAAAUAUAAAAUCUGGUAUAUGACUUUACAUCAUUAUUAUUAUUAUUAUGCUUGAUUUAUAAUGCUGGCAGUAAAAGAUAAGUCUCUUCCUCACUUGUUUUUUUGUUUUGUUUUUCAUUUAUACUUAGACAAGUCAUCCAAUUAGAUUAACACAUGAAGAAAGUUGGGAUUUUACAAAACACAUGUUUAAUUGUGUAUAAGACAGAGAAGAAUAUAAUGAUUAAUCCAUCACCUUGGUCUCUUUUCCCAUCAGUUCAUGCAUGUGUACAAUAUGAGCGCUACUAAAGUAUGGAAAAUUAUGUUGCUGACAUGUUGAUGGAAUAUGUAACAACAUAAUUUGGUUUGUGAAUAGCUCAUUAACUUUUACUAUCCCAGAAUUAAGGGGCUAUUAUAAAUUGGAAGAGUGGAAUGACAGUUUUAAAAAUUAGAACGCAUGAAACAAAACAAAACAAAAUACAUAUUUCAUUGUAGUUACUAGUCGAGACAUGUUCCCAGUAUAUACCACUGAAUUUGUUGGAACACCCUCUAAAUUUGAGUUUUGUACUGGAGAAACUGGUGAAAUCAACAAAAGAAACAUUCCCCAAUAUAAAAGCAAGCUUUUCUUUAAUUGACUACCCUGUUCAUAAAUGAUUAGAGGUCUGGGAGCAACCAGACAAAAACUCUCACUAUUAUUAUUAUCAAAACUCAUUUUACCACCCUCAUAAUUCUUAGAAAUGAUUUGUCUGGAUAGGUUAUUUUGAAUUUGCCUUGAAUUUUACUUUAAAUAUAUUUCUAUCUACUGCAGUAACUUGAAACACGUAGCACUCUAAAUCAGGAUAUCAAUGAUUAAGUUGGACUCUGAUACUCAGAUUAUUCAGAAUUUGUGGUUAAUCAUAGAUAUGAAGUUUCAAACUGCUUUUACUUUUCUGUAUAAUUUCCUGUAGUUUUCUUUUAAUAAAAAUACUCUACUCAACAUGAUUUUAUUACAACCCAGUCCAGAAUAGUUGAAGUUUUCCAUUGACUUUGAAGGGUUCUUGAUCAGUGUUUUAGGGAAAAUAGACAUGUUCAUUGCAGCUCAUCUCGCUGAGUGACUUUAACUAUGAUGAAAGCAUAGAUAAAGCUUUUAUAUAUAAGACUAGCAGAUAUUCCUGGUGUUGCUUGGGCCUCCAAAUAAUGUUAACCCGCUUCCCUCUGCUCCUCGCCACUCAAUGAGUAGCAUCACCGAGGAGUGGAGGGAAGCAGCACUUAGUGGAUGCGGGCAGCUCCAGGCAAGGCAUGUUGGGAUGUGUAUCCAUUUCAGAGAUCUCUGGCGAUCCCCCCACAUGGCUGUGCACAAUUCCCCAAGAUCUCUGAAACACCUACAGUUCCUGGGAGUUGUAGGCAUGCUGUUAAUUGUAGGAGUCAGAGUAAUAUUUUAUUUAAAUUGUUUAAAAAUAGUUAAACUGCAAAAAAAAAGUGGGGUGGAUUUAUUUAUUUGGUACAUUAUACAGGAAGUCCUAUCAGCACCCCAAAUUUCAAGUUUGUAGCUCAUCUAGAAGUGGAUAAACAUUUCUGGACAUACAAAUCCACACACACAUAACGUUCAGUUUUAUAGAGAGAGAGGCUACAUAUUUUAAAUCAGAUGUGGUUUUAACUUCUAGCAUGGCCUAGCUUGAGUUGUAACAGUAUAUUAAUUCAGCUGCAACUCUGUAUCCAUUUACCUGGGAGAAAGCCCAUCAGAUUAAAUGGGACUUACUUUUGAGCAAAUAUGUAUAGGAUUGCCCUGUUGAAGUAUUUCAUUUUGUCUCAUAGCAUUUUGAUGUAGCCAGUAAGAAUUCAAAUAUCACACAAACUAUUAACAGUUAUGUUUUAGAUCAUUGUUAAUGGACUUCAUUCUUUCUUCUUUUGGUGAAAUCAUUGUUAGAGGAGUUGACUUUUGUUCUAUUAAAUUUGUCUACGAAAUAUUGCUUUAUUAUCGUUGUUGUUGUAAUUGUUGUUGAAAUAAUGUAUGUGUGUAGUUGUGAACCAGAGGCUAUGUGGGCUAACAGACCUGGAGGAAAUACUAAGCUGUAACUUACUCAGGAGGCCCUCCUUAUGUCUUUAGAUAAACAAUCCAAUACAAAUUGGCAUGAAAUUUUUGACUUGAAACCCUUGUAUCACAAUCUUUAGUCAUUCCACUCCUAUUUCUGAUAGAGCGUUCAGGUGUACUUAUGCAUGUACUAAUUCCAUAACAAAUGUAUGUUACCUUAUACAAUCUGAACAUAAUCCUAUAGGUUGCAAUUCUGUACCCUAAAGCAAUGUUUCAAUAGGUUGUGGCCUAUUCAACACAGAAGUUAAAGAAGAUGACAGUUUACAUAUUUUUUCUUCGGGUGAGAGCUAUACAAAUAUUUAAAUGCUCACAGACAUCAGUUAACUUGUGUAUAUUUUGUGAAGACAGGCAAAUAUUACAAAUUAUGUUCCAUAUUACAAACAUUUUUAUAAUGACAGCAGUUGGUAUAUCCCAUUCCAAGCAUUUACUUCCUUGAUAAAACAAAUCUCAGAAUUGGGUAGCAAAUGAGUUUGGACCAAAAGAUUUUAGAUAUGUAAAUCAGCUGCCUUAACCACUUGGCCAAUAACAUGCAGUUAAGCAACUUAGGGUGUGUGCAAAGCUAUGCUUUGGUUGUAACAGUGUUACAUAGUUCACUAUAAAAGGCAUGUAUCUACCAGACAAAUAAUCAAGGUAAUAUGUGAUACAGGAUCAAAUUAUACAUGAUGGUGGCAUAGAUCUGCCACAAACAUGUAUAAAGUGGGAGAUGGGGGUCCGAUUUGAGCAAAAGGCACAUGCAAGUACGCAUACCUGCAUGCAAUAUUCUUGCAGUUCAUCCUUCCGAGUGUGUUUCUUUCACAUGGGCUUUCUACUGGUAUCAAAGUCAGCUGAGAACAACAACAACAAAAGCUCAGGAAAAUAAACUAAGGAAGUAGGGAUUCUGCACUUCUCACCUACUUACCUCUUUUGCUUAAGUCAGAUUUCCUACAUUCUCCACUUUUUACAUGAUUGUAGAAGAUUUAAAACAUGAAUCUGCGAUGAACCUUUGUAGUUUCAGCUACAGGGAGUGGAAAAUACAAUCGAAAAUACAGUUGAUACAUGAAUGGAGUCAGACUUUGACAAUAAGGGCAGCAGAAAAAUAAGCAGCUGUUCUUCCCUUGUAAUCUAAAAGAGGACUGAGGUAGAGCACAACAUUUCUCUCUCGUUUCUCUACCAUUCCAUAAAGGCAAACACAAUCCAGGACUUCAGAAAACAUUUGCAUUGUAUUUUACUUGAGAAAAUGGCUUAAAGUUGCAGUCCUAUCUAUGGUUAGAAAGAAACCUCAUUAAGGAUAGUGGAUCUUGCUUCCAAGUAGACAUUGCACAUCUAUUCUAUGCACACUUACUUGAGAGUAACCCUUAUUGAAUUCAGUGAGCUUUACUACUGAGUAAACAUGUUUAGGAUUACCCUGAAAACCAUUUCUGUAGAAGCAGUUCAUCUUUUGAAGAUAGAACACAAUAGUUUUAAUGGGAAAUCAGCCAUGUGUUUACUUUUUAAACUAUAUAUUUUUAAAAAAUAGAUUAUAAAGUGCUUACUUUACAUUUUUCAAAAUAAAUAAUGUCAUUUUCCCCAACAAAACAUCAGUCAAAUGUGAUAGAGCUGUCAUUUAUGAUAGCAAAAUAUUACCAGUUUAUUCUCUGCUGCAUCUUAGUUGAGUAAACUGGGAAGUUAUAUUUUAUAGAUAAAUAUAUAUAUAUGUAUACAUAUGUAAAUAUAGAGACUUGUUACACCUACAUGUUGAAAUUGGUUUUUAAAAAAGUGAUGUAAAUAGUGGUUUCUUUAAUGAAAAAUACAUAUUUUGUAUUCUAAUGCAAAGGAAUAAACAUUUUAAUCUUUUUGUUAUGUAUAUUCCAUGUAUUAAGUGUAUAUAUGAUCACAGAUUUAAAUUUUUUUGCAUGUAUGUAUACAGUUGCAAGUCUGGAAGAAUGUAUAGAAAAUGUUUUAUUUAAAAUUGUAAUUACCUGCUGCAUGAAAAAUGCAUGGGGGACCCUGUGCAUCUCGGCAACGGCAAAAAUGUCUUAAGUCAAACCAGAUGUUUAUCAAACAACUGUAUUCUGUUUCUGGACAUGACUUCUGCUGUGGUAUUUUAGCUUUGUAAAAGAAUGUGCUUCAAAUGAAAGGGUCUGGGAAAAAAAUCAACUUUUUUUCUUUUUAAACAUAAAAAGCAUCUCCCUGUCCCCAACCACAAACAUCAUUCACAUUUUGAUUCCAUUUCAAACUACUGAAAUUCUAUUAUAGUACUGUCAGAUAGUGUAAUAUUGGUUUUCAUUGCCAUACAUAAGAAUUCUGGGGUUUAUGCAAUCUUUUGUUGUGGAGUUUUCACUAAUUUAACUGUUCUCAAUUUUUUUUAGUAAAUGAUUUAUUCAUGUGAUGUCACAAAACUGUAUAUACUGCAGUGUGAAGUUUUUUUAAUUCUUUCAGUGUUUACUUCCUGCAGAAAAUUUGAAUAAAUGAGAAAAUGCAUUGAA